GCCGGUGCAACAACAAAGGAUGUAAACAAAUCCUUUCAAUCAGCUAACGUACAAAUCGGAUGUUAAAUAUUUAUUUUGCAACGUAUCUUGUUUUAUUUAUUUCCCCACCAUUAGCUAUGCCCAUCUCAUAACUGAAUGUCACUUUGUUUUAACGCUAAGAAACCUCGCCGACGAUUUUGAAAAUGAUAUUCAAAAUUCCCUGGAUCUAUAUACCGGUGCGGACUGUGCUGGCUAUCUGGCAGCAGCUGACCAGGCCUGAGAUCCCAGAGUUGGCCAAGGGCACAGUGCUGAUGAGGGAGCGCAGUAAAGUGGAGGAGACGAUCCAGGCCAUGCAGCGGGCCGGUGCAGGAAGUCUGCAGGUGAUCUCAGACUUCGACAUGACUCUCACCAGAUUUGCACACAACGGGAUGCGAGUGCCUACCACCCACAACAUCCUGGAUAACCGGUUGCUGAUUAAUGAAGACUGUACCAGAAGGAUACGGGAGCUUUUGAACACCUACUAUCCUAUAGAGAUCGAUGCCAGUAGGACUGCUGAAGAGAAGCAGCCUCUUAUGGUUGAAUGGUGGACUAAAGUCCAUGAGCUGUUGAUCCAGCAGAAGAUCAGGAAGGACAUGUUGGCCCGGGCUGUCAAGGAGUCCAGCGCUAUGCUCAGGGAGGGCUACAAGGUGUUUUUUGACCGCCUGGCUGAGCACCAGGUUCCUCUGUUGAUCUUCUCAGCCGGUAUAGGAGACAUCCUGGAGGAGGUGAUCCGCCAGAACCACGUCUUCCAUCCCAACCUUCACAUCAUCUCCAACUACAUGGACUUUGACCGCACUGGCGUCCUGCAAGCCUUCAAAGGCCAACUGAUCCACACCUUCAACAAGCGGGAGGGUGCUCUGCUGCAUGCCGCCCACCUCAGGGAGCUGCAGGGCCGGCCCAACGUGCUGCUGCUGGGCGACUCUCUGGGAGACCUGACCAUGGCAGACGGGGUGUCGCAGCCUCAAAACAUCCUGACCAUCGGCUUUCUCAAUGACCAGGUAGAAGAGAGGAAAGAGUCAUACGUCAACUCCUUCGACAUCGUCCUGGUGAAGGACGAGACGAUGGACGUUCCCAACGCCGUCCUCAGCUACAUCACCUCAGCGGGAGACGCCAAGUAAGACACACAGGAAGGGACGGGACACCGAUCACUGAUCCAAAGCUGCACACAAGGACCGGAUUGACUCGCCACUUUGACACUCCAUUCACAACAUUGCAUGCUGGGGCGCAAUCACCAUGGCAACCAUCAGUUACCUCACACCAGACCAAGAGGCUGGACCUUUUUUUUUUUUUUCCACACCACUGGUUAUCGGUGCAAACCACACACUAGGACCUCGGAAGUUUAACACUCACAGUAUUUUAUAUUUUAACUUGCAUUUCCAGGGUGUCAAGGCAGAUCAGAUAAAUCAUCUAUUUGUCAACUUAGGUGAGAAAAACCUCAAUGAAAUGUAUCAGUAUUAUAUAUUUACAACAUAAUAAAUAGGAGUUCCUACAUCCCACAGAUAAAAAAAACAACCUCUACAAAUAUCACUAGGCCAUAGUAGUUUUAAACACUUUAUUUUAUUAUUGUAUACAGAGAUCUGUCUUGCUUUUAAUUUGUUGACUUAUACGGGUGAGGAUGGGAUAGUUGUAAACAAGAUAUAUAUUCUACUCUAUUCUAUUCUGUUCAUAUGCGUGGAAAGGCAUCACAUUACUUAUCUGCACAAUAGUUAUUAUUUGGCCAUGGAGGAUGUAAGCACUGUAAUGAUGUUACCCCACAGAUGCUUUACACAUGGGUGAUUAAUUUACUUGUUUACAGCUGACUUGCAAGCAAUGUUGCUAGUCUCUAGUUUUUAAUGUCAAGCCAUGUUAUGUAUUAGUUUGUAGUUUAUUAAGAUUGAAAUUCUUAUAAAGGGUGACCCAAAAAAACGAGAAUUUUUGAAGUGCGUAUUGGCAGACAUGAGCAAGUGGCAGCACAAUUUUAAAAAAAAUGAAAAUUCCAUCGUUGUCUUCUUAAAUGGCAUGUUUUCAGGUUUCAAUUACUAUGAAUAAAAUAUUUUUCUUCCAUCACUCUUGGUUUUAUUGGAUUGUUAAAAAGUUCCCGUUUUUUUGGGUCACCCUGUAUUUUCAGUCUUUUGACAGUAGAGACAGAUAGGGAAAUAUAUAGAGAUUUAUAUGAAAGACAGAGAUGAAGAUUGAAUGAAUGGGAUGGGGAUUUAAAAUCUGAGAACUGAGAAACACUCCGCUUCCACAGCCACUGCUGCUAAUAAGAAGGAUCUAACAGUAAGCUGUCUGUAUUUUACAAGAGAUACUGUUUUGAAACUUCAGAGUAAAAGACGAUCAGUCUGAGUUCAUACAGUCCAUCUAAAAGGCACUGUGCCUCUGAUAAAAACCAUAGGGAUAAUAAACAUUAUUUUAUUUCACUUAAUUCCCUUUUGAUUGCUAAUAAGUUCUGCCUCAAAUAUACUAAAUGCAAUAACACCAGUACAAGUGCUUUUCAGAUGGACAGAGGAAGGCCAAGUUCACUCAAAUUAUAUGGACUUCUUCAACACCUGAGCUACAUGUUUAACAGAAAUUUUGAGGUUAUGCAUGUAUGUAAUAUUUCAUUCUUGGCUAUGAAGUCUUGAUUAAGACAGUGAAAUGUUUGUUACCAGAUAGAUUGAAAUGAACAUUGUGGCUUGCUGUACAGUUCUCUUCAUCUCAACAUCCCCUCAUAAGAUUCAGUGAGUUAAGAUUAUUUGACGCAGUAGAAAAAUUGAAACAACUGUUUCUCAAAAACAAUUUAAUAGACUUGAACAUCAGGGACAAAUAAAGGUGCUUGUUUGUUUU